AUUGUUUAGGGGCUUUGAUGAAAAGUGAUCCAAGUGUACUAAAAUUUCACUUGUCAUGCUUUCAACCUUGCUCUCAUUUAAUAAAUGGCCAAUUCCUCUCUUCUUCUCCAUUCUUAUUGGAUUAAAUCCAAGCUUCCCAAAUGCAUUGCCCUCUUUCUCCUUCCAUAGGCUUAAUCUUAUCUAUAUCAAGCUAUGAAUCUUGUUAUUAUUGCUUUUAAUUUUUGAUUUGCAUGUUUCUAUGUCCUGUUUGUUUGAAUCUAUGCUUUGAUUUGAUUUUUGUUAUUUAUUGUGCUUUUUCAUGUUGUUUAUUGAUUAAAGGUUAUAACUUUAUUGCCAUUUGAGCUGAAAACCUGGAAAAGCUUGCAAUUUGGUCAAAUAUUGAUGGAAAUUCUUAGUAGGCCUUUGGGAUUUAGGGUUUUAGAAAAUUGGAAUUUUGCUGGUAAAAAUGCUCAAAUAUCCAGUUUGAGAAGUUUUAGUAGGCCGUUUGGAUUGACAUUGCCAGUGCUAUUAAAAUGCAGUCAAGAUGUUUGUGUUAAUGUCUCAAAGAACUCCACUGUUGUUUCUUGUGCUAGAGAUUUUACAGUUGUUGAAAAUUCAGAAUCUGGAGGUGUUAGUGGUGUUGAUACUGAGUCUGUUCCACAGUCUUUACCACCAGAGUCUUUAAUUUCACCUCUUGAUACUCAUUCAUGGAGUGUGUUUGAGAUAGCGGAUGCCGUCGGUGGGGAGAUUAUAAGCCAUGGUUCUUCUGGGACUAUUUGUAUUGAUACAAGGAAAUUGGUGCCUGGACAGUGGUUUUUCGCUCGCUCUGGUGAAAAUUUUGAUGGGCAUGGUUUCAUAGAUUUGGCAUUGGCCGAGAAAGGUUGUGUGGGAGUUAUUGGAAAUAGAGUGUGUGAAGGGUGGGAACGUGGUUUUGUCAAAGUUGAAGGUGAUACAUCGGUUGCUCUUGACAAGAUGAUGAGGUUUUCCCGUGAUCGGUUCAAUGGUGUUGUUGUUGGUUUAACUGGUAGUGUUGGAAAGACAACCACAAGAACCAUGAUUGCUCUUGCACUUGAGAGUCUUGGUCGUGUACACCAAACACAUGGGAACUAUAACUAUAUGGUUGGGGUGGCGAUGACAUUGAUCGGGAUCCCUUUGGAUGCCAAAGUGGCAGUUGUUGAAUUAGGGAUGGGCGGGAAGAAUGGUGAGAUCUUGGAGAUGGCGCGGAUGUGUCAGCCUUCUGUGAGAGUGAUUUUGAAUGUCCACCCUUGUCAUAUGAAUUGCUUUGAUAGUUUGGAAGAGGUUGCAAGAGCCAAAGGGGAGCUCCUAACAGAGGCACAACCAGGAGAUGUUUGUGUUUUGAAUGGUGAUGAUCCUUUGGUUAUGAGCAUCCCUGUUCCAUAUGGAGUUAAGAAGGUUCUUUUUGGACAAAGAAUGGGUUGUGAUGUUCGGUUGGUUUUGGCUGAAAGUGUCGAUAGAGGCUGUGCAGUUCGUGUAAUUUUAGAAAGUGAGAUAUAUGAAGAUAGUCAGCCAUGGUCAACUUCAAGUGUAAAAUCACAGAUGGUUGAAUUUAAGAUGCAAGGUCCAGGUCUGCAUUUAGCUACAAAUGCUUGCGCUGCUGCGGCAGUGGCCAUGUCAUUAGGAGUACCUCUUCCUCAAAUUGCGCAAUCCUUAUCGAGAUUCAGACCAGUAAGUAUGAGAUCACAGAUGGAGGUCACAACAAACGGGAUCAGAAUCAUCAAUGAUGCUUACAACGCGAACUUAUACAGCAUGAUAGCGGCUAUAAACGCACUAAAAUCAAUUGAUUGUGAAGGAAAAAGGGUUGCAAUGCUUGGAGACAUGUUAGAACUUGGAUCAAAAGAGGAAGAGUCACAUGAAAUGGUUUUAAACUUUUGCUGUGAUAAAUGCCUUGAUUUACUGGUGCUUGUUGGAGAAAGAUUUCAUGGAGCUGCUGGAAAAUUAAAAUUAGCAGGAAAGAUUGAUUUUAUUUGCGCUGUCGAUUCUGAGUCUGUUGUUUCUACAGUUUCAGAAAUGCUGGAUCCUGGAGAUGUUGUUUUGGUGAAAGGAAGUAGAGCAAUGUUAAUGGAGAAAAUUGUCGAUGAAAUUAAAUUGUUAGAAGGCAGGAACUAGGUUGUGAUGUUACUGAUGUAUGAGAUGUUCUUUUGUUGUGGUGUCAGAUGAAUAAAUUUCUGCCAAUUAGGGUUUGCUUGAAUUGAAUGUAAAUAAAAUGGGAACUUUUUCUUUUCUUUGCAUCAA